CCAGAUAAAACAAAUGCACUUUUCUUUACUUAUUUGGGAAUAAACCAUACAAUUAAGAAAAACAAAAGAAAGAAACAGAAAAUAGGUUCACCAAUGUCAUAGAUAGGACUUUCAUGUUGGGUCCCUUCGUGGUUUACAAAUCCGCUUAGGCCUCUUCCAAAUACUCCAUUCCACGUGUUGCAUGUUACCAAGUCUGUAGAUAAUCGCACCAGGCCAGGUUUACAGGAGCUCCAGUCCGGGUCUUUGAUGUAGCCACUGAAGUUACACUUUGAGGGUGUGCGCCCGGUGUGUGUGUGUUGUGUGUCUUUUAUGUGUCCAUUCUUGUCAGUCGGCGGUCGCACGUUCGGAUAGCUCCAGCUGGAUGUGCUGAAGCCUCGUCAGUCUUUGUGUCUUUUUUUGUUAACUGAGGUAGGAAAAAUGAUGUCGGUGGGCUGCAUCGAGUCUGGAUUUUCGAACGACGAGGUCCUGAACAAUCGUUUUCCUCUCCACCGCGCCUGCAGAGAUGGGGACGUCGGUACCUUGUGUUCGCUGCUACAGUGCGCCACUAACCAAGCAGACUUGGUCGCUGAAGACUCGUUUUACGGUUGGACUCCCAUUCAUUGGGCAGCGCAUUUUGGAAAGCUGGAGUGCGUCUUGCGGCUGGUGCAGGUGGGCUGCGAGGUGAACGCAGUGACGACGCGCUUCGCUCAGACGCCCGCCCACAUCGCCGCCUUCGGGGGACACCCCCAGUGCCUCAUGUGGCUCAUGCAGGCCGGCGCUGACAUCAACCGACAGGAUUACGUGGGUGAGACCCCCAUCCACAAGGCUGCCAGGGCAGGUAGUGUGGAGUGUGUGACUGCCCUCCUGCUCAAUGGCGCCAAGCCAGAUUUGAGGAAUGCCAACGGGCAGACAGCGGCCGACCUCGCCCACGCCCAGGGCUUCCAGGAGUGUGCCCACCUGCUCGCCACGGCCCAGAACCAGCUCAAUCAGCUGAACGGCCUCCAGUGCUCCAAUGGCGGUGCCACUAAUGGCUGCAAUGGCAUGAACGGCACCAAUGGCUCCAGUGGUGUCAAUGGCUUCCUGAACGGUGGUGGCAGCCAUCAGCAUCAACAACAACACCACCAGGCUCUGAAUGGGGUUGCCAACAGGAAGAGGGUGUUGGACAGCUCAGAGAACAACCUCUUUAAGAAGGCCAGGACUGAUGACAUGGACCUGUCCCUGCAGUGGGCGAGCAGCAGUGGGAGCGGGAGCGGCAGCGAGGAGUCGGAGGGCAUGAGCAUGGAAGAGCUCUCUCCACAGGCGGCCUGUUCAGCAGGUGGCGCCACAGUCACCCCAUCUCUCAACGGCCACGCACAGCUACAACAACCCACCCAAAACACCACCACCAAUGAACUUGAACACCACCACAACCCACCCCUCCAGAAUGGACACCUGGCCUCAUCCAGCCACACCAGUGGCCCCUCUCCACCGCCCUCCACCCACCACCAACAACACCACUCCAACCCAGCAGACAUGUGUGGCUCCCUUCACCAGGCGGGCAGCCCCAGCAGCUGCGUAAGCCACCGGCCGUCCUGGGGCGCCUUCAACAACGACUUCGGAGAGCCCCUGCACUACGGCCACUACCACGGCUUCGGGGACACCGCGGAGGACUUUGAGGAUGUGGCGAUGGUGGCGACCAACAGUAGCCAGGAGCACAGUAGCAGCAUGAAGGUGGAGCAGCGGUACAACCAGGCCCUGCUCAGCGCCAUGCAGCUCUUCCACGGCUCCUAGAGGAGGAGGAUGGAGGAUGGAGGAUGAUGACACACUAAAGCAGCAGCAACGGGAGGGCGAUGAAAGAUGGAUUUUGAAGACCCAACAGCUGCUGCAAGACCGGCCAUGUGUGUUUGGUGUGUGUGUCUGUGUCUGUGCGAAGCAUGUGUGUGUACACCGUAUGUGUAUGUCUGUCUGUGCGAAGAGUGUAUGUGUACACCGCGUGUGUGUGUGCGUGUGUAUCUGUGCAAAGCGUGUGUGUGUACACCAUAUGUGUAUGUCUGUGCGAAGCGUGUGUGUGUGUGUGUGUGUGUGUGUGUGUGUG